AGACGGGAAGUUCCGAAUUGAAAAGUUCGAUGGUAUAGAUUUCAGUUGGUGGAGGAUGCAAAUUGAAGAUUUGCUUGUUCAGAAAGAUUUGGACGCGGUAUUGGGUGACAAGCCAGAAAAGAUGUCAGAUGCAGAUUGAGCAGGGUUGGAUCGGAAAGCAAUGUCCGUGAUCCGUCUCUCGUUGACCAAGAAUGUUGCGUUCAACAUUCUGAAGGAGAAGACAGCGAAGGGAAUUAUGGACGCGCUGUCUAACAUGUACGAGAAGCCAUCUGCAGCGAACAAAGUUUUUCUGAUAAGAGAGCUGGUGAACACAAAAAUGAAAGAAGGCACUUCAGUUACCGAGCAUAUCAACAAGUUGAAUUCGAUCUUAGCCAGACUAUUGUCAGUGGGCAUUAAGUUCGAUGAUGAAGUUCAAGCUUUACUACUGCUAUCGUCUUUACCUGAUAAUUGGUCCGGAACGGUUACUGUAGUUACCGAUUCAGUGGGACCCGAUGGAUUCACCUUUGAUCAGAUUCGAGAUCUCGUUCUUGGCGAGGACGUCAGAAGAAAGAGUUCAGGGGAGUCAUCUGAUGAAUUGCUUCAUGUUGGUAGAGGCAGAAGAAAUAGCAGAGGUAGUGGGAGCAGGAACAGACGAAGGAGUCAGUCGAAGACUCGGGAUAGCUCAGGCUUUGCGAGUGACGAGGAGGUCGCUCUGACUUGCUGUGAGGAAAGCAAUGUGGAUUCAUGGGUCAUGGAUUCUGGUACUUCAUUGCAUGCCACCCACAACGGUGAAGCAUUGCAGAAUCUGGUUAUUAGAGACUUUGGAAAGAUACGACUAGCGGACGACAGAGCUCUUGAUGUGACGGGCAUGGGUGAAAUAGUGCUGAAGACCCCAGCCGGUUUCUGGACUUUGAAGGAUGUCAAAGUUGUUCUAGCAUUGAAGAAAAGUUUGAUUUCUGUCAGGCAGUUGGACGAACAGGGACAUGAGGUGAAGUUCAGAGAUGGGCAGUGGAAGGUCGUGAAGGGAAACCUUAUCAUGGCCCAUGGAAAGAAGAGAGGUUCGCUGUAUAUGGUCGAGUUACCAUCUGAGGGAGUGACCGUCCCAGUUCAGAAGAGAAACAAAGUCCGGUUCACAGAGUCUCGUGGGCAGAAUAAGGUUGUCUGUGCAAGAGAGAAACCUAGAGCCACUGGUCAGAAUAAGGAUGUUCCAGGAUCCGGCAGUGUGUGUCUGCAGUGGGAGCCGGUAGGGACCGAGGACGAGUUAGGGGCAGAUUUUGCCGUGACUGAUGUGUUGGAGGUUGGGAGAGCUUCAACGGGCCUUUCUGUUGUCUGAUGAUAGGGCCGCUGCAACAGGAGAGUUGAGGAAGAUUACUCGAUGUACAGGGAAUCGUGGUGGAUGGCAGUUGAUGACUAUCAAGCCUCCAAGUGGGAGAAUGUUGGGUUUGUGGAUGCUUAGGCUUGACUUUUGGCCCGGCCCAUGUUACGAAACCCUAGAUGCACUCUUCCUAUAUAUAUUGCAUACUUGUACUUGUAAUCGGCACCACAAGUGAAAUAAGAAAAUCUUCCUGUU